GAUUUCCGGGACGCGGUGGCGCAUGCCUCGAGGCAGCUUGGAAAGCCAGUGAUUGAGGACAGAAUCCUGAAUCAGAUCCUGUACUACCUACCUCAGCUGUACGAGCUCAAUCGGGACCUCCUGAGGGAGCUGGAGGAGCGAUUAUCUCACUGGCUUGAACAUCAAAGAAUUGCUGACAUAUUUGUAAAAAAGGGUCCCUACUUAAAGAUGUAUUCAACUUACAUCAAAGAAUUUGAUAAAAAUGUUGCACUGUUAGAUGAACAGUGUAAGAAGAAUGCAGGUUUUGCUUCUGUGGUCAAGGACUUUGAGAUGAGCCCCCGCUGUGCAAGUUUGGCCCUCAAGCACUAUCUGCUCAAGCCAGUUCAGAGGAUUCCCCAGUACAGGCUCCUGCUGACAGAUUAUUUAAAGAAUCUUUUAGAAGAAUCUGCAGACUAUAGGGAUACUCAAGAUGCUCUAGCUGUUGUCAUAGAAGUUGCAAACCAUGCCAACGACAUCAUGAAGCAGGGAGAUAACUUUCAGAAACUCAUGCAGAUUCAGUACAGUUUAAAUGGACACCAUGAGAUUGUGCAGCCAGGAAGGGUCUUUCUGAAAGAGGGAACACUGAUGAAGCUGUCCCGGAAGGUCAUGCAGCCACGAAUGUUUUUUCUGUUCAAUGAUGCUCUGUUGUAUACUACUCCAGUUCAGUCAGGGAUGUAUAAACUCAACAACAUGCUGUCGUUGGCUGGAAUGAAGGUUAAAAAGCCAACCCAGGAAGCAUAUCAGAAUGAACUGAACAUUGAAAGUGUAGAGAGAUCCUUCAUUCUUUCAGCAAGUUCUGCUACAGAAAGAGAUGAGUGGUUAGAAGCUAUCUCCAAGUCAAUUGAAGAAUAUACAAAAAAGAGAAUCACAUUUAAUCCUAGCAAAAGUCUUGAAGAGGCAGAUUCAGAGAAACAGGAAGAAGACAGUCCGUUGGGAUCAAAGGCUCCGAUCUGGAUCCCCGAUACACGAGCCACUAUGUGUAUGAUCUGUACCAGUGAAUUCACAUUGACGUGGAGAAGGCAUCACUGCAGGGCAUGCGGAAAGAUUGUCUGUCAAGCUUGUUCAUCAAAUAAACAUGGUUUAGACUAUAUGAAAAACCAGCCAGCAAGAGUAUGUGACCAUUGCUUCAGGGAGCUACAGAAACAAGAUAACCAGUGCACUGCUAAGAGCGCAUCUCCAGUCAACCAUAAAUCCUCAUCAAGUGCCUUGUCUACAGUGUUACAUAGUAUUCCCUCUGGAAGGAAGCAGAAAAAAAUUCCUGCAGCCCUCAAAGAAGUUUCAGCAAAUACAGAAGACUCUACAAUGAGUGGCUACCUACACAGAUCUAAGGGCAGUAAGAAACCAUGGAAACAUCUAUGGUUUGUUAUAAAAAAUAAGGUGCUAUACACAUAUGCUGCUAGUGAGGAUGUGGCAGCAUUAGAGAGCCAGCCUUUACUUGGAUUCACUGUCAGUGAAGUAAAAGAUGAAAACUCAGAGUCUAGAGUGUUCCAUUUACUGCACAAAAACACUUUAUUUUACAUAUUCAAAGCAGAUGAUCCUCAUUCAGCUCAAAAGUGGAUAGAAGCUUUUCAAGAAGGCACCAUAUUAUAG